AUGAAGUUUAAGAAGCACAAGAAGAACGAUAUCAGAGUUGGAUUGUUAGGGAAUUUUGAUAGACUAGCCACAGAGGCUGUGAGGCUUAGGGUUGCUGUUGCAGUGUAUGGAGAAGUUGGAAAGACUUCAUUGGUGAGUAAGCUUCACUCCGAACUUUGCGAUGAAGAAGGACGGUUGGUUGAGAUUGAUUCUCGCGAGAUAACUGAUGCAAGGACAUUAGGAGGAUUUUAUGCGAUCAAAGGGGGGGACGUUGAAUACGUAAAAGGAUUGCUGAUUGAGUCAAUGAAGAGUGGAGAUUGGGUAUUGUUCAAAAGGAUAGAUAAGAAUCAUGGGUUGCUACAAUAUCUUUUCACGGUUAUCAAAUAUAGGAGACUACUGGGCAAUAAUGGAGAAGAAGUGUUGGCACACGAUAACUUCAGGCUAUUCUUUACUUCUGAGGAUAGAUUUGAGGUGGAUGAUGUUGUGUUUGUAGGUCCUCUUAGAUUUAUGUUUGAAGAUGUAAUGAAUAUAUUUGAAGUGGAGUGUGUUAGAAGGCUUCUUAUCAAAGUUCUUGAGAACAUUUCUGGCCUGUGGAAGGGAUGCAUGAGGGACAAGGGGGAAGAGUGUCAAUCCAGCUGCCCUAAGAAUGAAUGCAGAAGCAAUGGAUGGUGUUUGUCGAAGGAAACUGGAGUUUGUGGAGCACAUUUCCGAUCUCUUCUGAAAAUAAAGAAAAGGAUAGAGAAUAUCAAUGGGACUGGGACCGAGGAGCGGGUGAGAAUAUAUCAGUCUGUAUGUAAUGUCUUGUUAAAACACGGAUCUGAUUCUUUAAGAUGUUUCCUUGCCUUGACCGAAGUUCCUAGUAUCUCUCUUCAUGGGACAGAUUUUGCUAAAACCAGUUGUGUUGAGUGGGGGAUUUUCAACCUUCUAUGGAACAUCAGUCACCGAGACCAUACAUUGCUUAUUGGAGACACGGGUGUUGGAAAAACAUCAAUGAUCCAAUAUCUUAGUCUGAAGUCCCACUUCUUCCUAGGAAGACAAACCAGAUUAAGAAUUGUGAACAUGUCGGCAGAUUUUGAUGGAACGGAUUUAAUCGGAGGAUAUGGAACAUUAGAUAUGAACAAAGCCAUAGAAAGGUUGUGCAAUGAAGAAAAAAUAACUGUGCCGGUUUGUUACGGUAACAGACAGAAGCUUGAAUAUUUGAGACACAAAAUUUCUCUAAAAGUCAGAGAAGGGAUCUCUAGUUCUGCGGGUUCUAUCAAGAAGAUUGAUGAUUUGGUUAAACUACUGGAAAAGAAGGUACAUUUUGUGUACAAAAAAGGUAUUCUGACUGAAUGCAUGAUAAAUGGAGAAUGGCUACUUUUGGAUGAAAUCAAUCUUUCUUCUGAAGAGACAUUGAACCUGAUAGAUGGUGUGUUAGGAAAAAGGGAGAUCCUCCUCUAUGAAAGUGGGGAUGUGAAGCCGCUUCGAAUUCAUCCUGGGUUCAUGCUUUUUGGUUGUAUGAAUCCUGGGGGAGACUUUGGAAAGAAAAGAUAUGAGGGGAUUGAAUUCAACACUGUUUAUGUGCAUGACUUUAGCACUUCUUUGAAAGAUAUCAGUCUUGUGAUUCAUUCUGUACUUGGAUAUGAAGUAUCGGAAGAAAAAAAGGGAAAAAUAGGAGAAUUCUUUCUGGAGUUGAAGAACAAGGUUUUGAAGAAUGAGCUUAGUAAUGUGGUUGAGCCUCUGAUUAGUGGACGAAGUCUUGUUCGAGUGCUUAAUUUUAUUAGAAAGAAGAGUGAGGAAGAAUUUGAGCGAGGGGUGUAUGAAGCAUUUGAUCUAUUUGUGUUUACUCAGCUGGAUUUUGUUAGCCGCUCAAUUGCAACCACGCUUUUAUCCAAAUACUUUACUGUCCAGGCUGAAUCUAUGGAGAAAACUAGAGUUAAGGAUGGAUUUGUUCUAACACGUAGGAUUCAAACGUAUCUAAGAAUCAUGGAACUGGCCAUUAUAUCGAACUAUCCUUUGCUAUUACAAGGAGACACAUCUACUGGAAAGACGAGCAUGGUUUUAUUUUUGUCUAGAGAGAUGAAUAGACGUGUGAUCAGAAUAAACAACCAUGAGCAUACUGAAGCAUCAGAUUAUAUUGGUAGCUUUACCUCUACAAGCAAUGGAAUCGAGUUUAGAGAGGGAGCUCUUGUAAAGGCUAUGAGAAGGGGAGAUUGGGUUGUUCUUGAUGAAUUGAAUCUUGCAUCUAGUGAUGUUCUUGAAGUACUGAAUAGGCUUUUGGAUGAUAACAGGCAAAUAUAUAUUCCCGAGACCGACGAGAUUAUCACUCCUCACAAGAACUUCCGAAUAUUUGCUACACAAAACAUAGGAUAUGGAGGUAGGAAAGGAUUGAGUAAAGCAUUUAGAAACAGAUUUGUGGAAAUGUUUUUCUGCGAAAGUAGCGAAGAGGAGAUAUUAGAGAUAUUACAUGGAGCAUCCAAACUUCCCAAAAGCUUCUGCAAGAAGAUGGUUGAGGUUUAUGGUGGGCUUAGGUCCAAAAGAAGUAUUAAUGCAUUGGUAACACUUAGGGAUCUUUUCAAAUGGUCUGGAAGAGUGCCUAGGACCCUAGAUGAGGUGUGUUUUCUAGGAAUGGGUAUAGUAUAUGAGAGGCAAAGAGAACCAAGAGAUAGAAGAUGGGUAUACCAGAUUUUUUCGGAGUCGUUUGGGAAGAUGAGUGUUGAGAGAUAUGGAAGAAUAAUCAUAGGGGAGGAAAAAGAAUGCCUGAGAGAUAUACUGAUUGGAAAGAGCAUCAAAUUUACUUUUGAGGAACUUCGAGGAAGAAAUUUUGUGCUUACUGAUACAUUUAAGAAGCUUAUAAACCUGGUGGUUUUAGCAUGGGGAUCAAAGGAGCCUAUUCUGAUUGUUGGGGAGACAGGAAUAGGAAAGACAAGGGUAUGCGAAAUAGUUGGAUCAUUGUUUGAAACAAAGAUUGUUACUCUAAGCAUGCAUAAGGGUAUAGAAAGUUCUGAUUUUAUUGGGAAUUUUGUAUUUGAGAAUUCAAAGGUUGUGUGGAGAGACGGACCACUGGUAAAAGCUAUGAAGAACGGAGAUGCUUUUCUCAUUGAUGAAAUAAACCUGGCAGAGGAUUCUGUUCUUGAGAGGCUUAACAGUGUACUAGAAUCGCAACGCACGUUAUACAUAGCAGAGACUGGAAAAGAAGUUGUUGCUCAUGAAAAGUUUAGGAUAUUAGCCACGAUGAAUCCUGGAGGAGACUUUGGAAAGAGAGAGUUAAGCCCUGCUCUCAAGAAUAGAUUUACGGAGAUAUACUUUGAAAUCUGCUUGAGUGAAGUUCCUAUGAUAUUUGACUAUCUUAUAGACAAGAGAUUAGGAGAAACAGGGAUAUCAAGGGAGAGCAUUGAUAUUUUUAAAUCUCUGGCUAGGUCUUUAGAUGUGUCUAUUCGGAAGCUCGAACUUAUGGCAGACUUUAUAUAUAGGCGCUAUACAGGAAAGUUUGAAGGGGUUGUUUGCACAGAUGGAUUUGAUGUAACAAAUACAUGGAAUGAAGCAUUAGAGAUUGCAGGGAUAAAAGACUUUGAGGUAGAAACCAGAUACAUUGAAUGUGAAAAGAUGUUUGGGGCUUUUCCAUAUUUACUAGAGCAUAGAAAUUUAUCCUCGUUUGACUUUGAAUCUCCAACAUCAACUCUGAAUCUCAGAAGAAUUCUUAGAGCGAUGGGGCUUGGAAUAGGGGUCAUGCUAGAAGGAGAUCCUGGGAUAGGAAAGACCAGCAUAAUCCAGGGGAUAGCUAGAAAGAUAGGAAGGAAGUGCAUUAGGAUAAAUCUUAGUGAGCAGACCGAGCUAUGUGACUUGGUUGGGAGUUAUCUUCCGAUUGAUGGAGAAAUUCGAUUUAUAGAGAGUGAAUUACUCCAUAGUCUUAGGGAUGGUGGUUGGAUAAUUCUUGAUGAGAUCAAUCUCUGCACUCAAAGCGUAAUUGAAGGAUUGAACUCCGUGUUGGAUUACAGAAGAAAGCUUUUUAUACCUGAGGCCACGGUUAAUGUCCAUAGAGAUACUCGGAUAUUUGCAACUCUUAAUCCAUACAAUUCAGUAAAUGGACGAAAAGUACUUCCAAGAAGUUUUCUUGAUAGGUUUAUAAGAAUUAAGAUGGACAAGUACACUAUAAAGGAUAUUACACAUAUCCUUAACAAGAUGUUUAUGAAGCCUAUAAUAGUGGAUUCAGCAAGUCUAAGAGAGAAUAUUAGGUCAAAUCAAAUGGGGGCAUUAGAAGAUAGAAAAGUCAGUUAUUCUAUUGAUGAGUCUGUUGUAAGGAUCGGUUCUUUUUCUACGAAGAGGAAAGACAGAGAUUUGGACUUUGUAUUGAUACAUUCUCAGCUUCAGCAGAUAGAAGUAAUUAUGAAGUGCAUGGAAAUAAACAUUCCAGUGGUUAUAUCUGGAGGUAUAGGGAAAGACUCCCUUCUUCGGUUUAUUUCUUCUGUGAUUGGACAAGAAAUAAUGAUAUUCAACUGCCAUAAGGAUACAGAUGUGUGUGAUCUUCUUGGACAAUAUCAAAAGAUGCAGAACGGAAUGUUCGAGUGGUGUGAUUCGACUGUUGUGUGUGGGAUAAAAAAGGGAAUGAUAGUUGUAUUUACCGGUGUUGAGUUUGUAGAAAAGUCCGUAUUUGACAGACUGAAUUCCCUAUUUGAAUCUGAAAGGACACUGAAUGUGUAUGAAAGAGGGAUUGAUACGAAUGUUGUUGUCAACCCAUCAACACGACUGAUUCUGAUGGCAAAGGAGCCAAAUAUGUUGUCUCCUGCAUUGCUUGAUAGAUGUAUGCAUGUGGGGUUGAGCGAUAAGGUUGACUAUAUUGAUUUGUGGAAGUUGUUCGUAAGGUCAUCUAUUGACUCGCACCCUGUCUCCCACAGGGACUUUUGUGGGAUAUUAAUGGAAGGAAAUCAGAUUAACUUCGGCUUGGAUCUAAAAAGAUUUAAUCUUUUGGGUAUUUGGCCAGAUUUUUUGAAUAGACGGCUUGGUGGGGUAUAUAACACUCUUGAGGAAUCGGAGAUUGAUAAGCUAUUUGAGUUCAAGGAAAAAAACAUUGCAGGUACUGAAAUAGACACCGAGCUCCUUAACUUUUACAGAAAGAUCAAGCUCCAUGUUAUGUCCCCUCAUGAUGAUGAAUCUAGGAUAAAAUUACUUGCAAACAUCUCCUCCAUGAACUCGGAAGCCCGGAAAACAGUGGCAUUCAUUAAGUCCGCCGAUCUUUCGGUUUUUAAUCGCUUUCAUAGCAACGAAAGAUGUUCUCUUAAUUUCCCAAGAUCGUCUAAGGAUCUGAAGGUAAAAGUUAUCAGAUGUUUCCGAGACAAGAAGCUUUCCGGAUACAAGAGUCUAAGAACGAUUGUAGAAAAACUUGCUGAAGUAAGGUGGGAAUCAUUGCCUGAUUUCGAUACAUUUUUCUUUGAAUUCAUUGAAAGAUGUUUGGAUGAUCCUUUGAACAUACUGAAGAAAGAAUUGACUGCAGAGAUGAAUGUGUUUGAAAACAGAAGUCUUUUGGAGAUACAUAAUACUAUGAAGAACAUGUAUAAAUAUGGAAAAGGAUCUAUAGACGAGAUGGUUGAUGACUAUGAAAACGGUGUUAAGGAGUACAAGGCAAAGAUUAAAGACAUCGAAAGAAGGAUGGAUCGAGACUAUUCUAAGUUUAGGGAUUCAUUGAUGAACUUGGACUUUUGCUCGUACAUGUGUGGAGAUCGAACUUUUUAUGAGUCUUUUGAUGAUAUUUUUGACUACUAUUUGAUCUAUAUGUUUUAUAGAUGGGUUAAUGGAGAGGGAUGCUCGGGAAAAUGCAAGAUCAAACGGUUAGAUGAGCAUUGUUUGGAGGAAAAAAGCGUAAAUCUUAGGGAUGAAGUGCCUGGUGUUUAUGUUAAUUACAGUAUCCUGUGCUCUAACUUAAUUCAUCAGGGAUUGAAAGUUCUUUCUCAUUUAGAAAAGAUAGAUUAUAAAUUGCUGGGGUAUGAGUUUUCAAGAUACUUGAAUUCAUUAUAUUACUCGAAACCAGAGGAUAGAUGCAGCUUGAUUUUAGAAGGUAUUAUUUUUGAUAGGAUGAUAUAUGUCAAAGAAGAUGGAUGGAUAGACUAUGCACUAGGAUUUGACGAAGAAGAUUUAGAUAAAAGUCUAAGAUCUAUAUUUAACAUUAAGAGUAGAGCACGAAUUAUUGAAAUCAACACGGAUAAAAUAGAGAUCGCCAAGGAGUUGAUUUCUUCUAUGGACCAAGAAAUGAUGGAGCUUCCAAUAUUCACAAGUAUCUCAUAUCUUACCGAAUAUACUGAGAAGAAGAUAAUGAAUUCUGAGAAUGAAAAAGACAUCUCACUUAGGAACAUGAAUGACAUGGGUUUUGAUGAGGACAGGGUUUUAGAAUCAACGAUUGUUUUAAAAAAGUGGACUGAAGAGGCCAGCGUUACUGAUAAUAAGAAGGCACCAUUAUACAGUCUAAUGGAAAUUUUGCAAGGAUUUUAUAAGGAUGCAUCUGUUUGUGAUAUAGAAAGGAACUACAAGUACUUCCUAUACUUACUUUUAACUCCAUUCGAUUUUGAAAUGGCAGAAAGAUACUUUUUAGAUUGUUCUGUAUAUGAGUUUGUAGAUAGAGUUAGACAUGCACAAGAGAUGGCUAUAAAGAACAAAGAACCUGUUUUUUACAAUGUGACUUUGAAGUAUGCUUCGUUUGAGGUUGAGAAGAUUUAUGAAGAUAAAAUUAGAGAUGCAAAAUCUAAGCUGAGGAAAGAGCCAAAACUUUAUAAGAAGACAUUGGAAGAUCUAAAGAAGUUUCUCAUAUUGCCUGUUACUAACGUAUUGGAUCUUAAGUUUCCACAACCAUAUCCUGUCUGCCAAGGAUAUCAUCCCGGCGUGUGCACACAUAUUCUAAAGGACAGGUCUGAUUGUGAAUGUAGAGACUGGAUUGAAUUCUCUAAGAAUUUCAAUAAGAAAGAAGUUGAGAAGGCCUUUGAAAAUCGUAGGAUCAAAAAGAAGGAUAUUCUUGAGUUGUUUUUUAACAGGAUUCCUGAGGAUAUGUUUUCUACCUCAGAGAUAUGCUUAGGUAAAGUUGUUAAUCAAAUGAUAGAAGAUACAGCAAUAAUGAAUUUGACACAGAUAUGCAUUGAAAACCUAUACAUACCAUUUAUGCAUUUCACAUUCAUAUUUGGAUAUAGGGAAGAGGAAUUAAUAGAUGGGGAUGAGGUAGGAAUGAAAAACGGAACAGGUAAUGCUAAUAUAAGUGAUCAAAUAAGGCAUGAGGACGAGAUAGAUGAUGAGUAUGGGGAACAUGAGAAAGUAAGUGAAAGCGAUGGAAUAGACUUCGAUAACGAUGGAAGCGUUUCCACUGUCAGUGAGCCUGAAGAAGAAGAACAUGAGAGCGGUGUGGAAGGAUAUAAUGACGAAGAGGAGGAAAGUAAAGAAGAAGAGAAAGAAUGGCUGGAUGAACAAGACACAAGGAUUGAUGUGGAAGACGAGGGUUUUGGAUCUGAAAGGAGUUCAGAGAAUGAGGAAGGAGAAAUACAAUACUCUGAAGACUCGGAAGAAAUUGAGAAUUCAGGAAGAAGUGAAGGAGAUGAUAUGGGAUCUGAGGAUGAAGGCGAUACAAAACCACAAAAUGAUGAAGAUUCAGAUUUUCAUAAUGAACCUAAGACAAAUGAAUAUCAAUUUAAAGAAGGGGCUCUUAACAAGAAUCAGACAUGUGAGGUGGCAGAUAACUAUGAUAGGUGUGUUGCUGGAAACAACCGGGAUGAUAAAGCUCUAUAUGCAGGUGAAGGUAACGAGAGGAUUUCAGGAGAUGAAGAAUCAGGAAGUGGAGAUGCCUUUGAAUCUACCAUAAGAAUAAGAAUAGAAGAAGGAGAUUGCACUAAACUGACUAAUAUGCUUAGAAUAAUCAUGGAGUCAAGAAAAGGUAGUAGAUAUAAGGGCGAUUUUAGAAGUGGAAAGAAAUUGAACAUGAAAAGGUUGGUUCCAUACAUAGCUAGUGGGUUCAGAAGGGAUAGGAUUUGGAUGAAACGGCAAAAGAAUGAUAAGAAAGACUAUAUUCUUCGUUUGUUCAUUGACAACAGCAAAAGUAUGUAUAACCAAGAAAUGGUUGAUACUCUCUUGUCGUUGUACUCCAAGAUAAAUAUAUCUUUCUCCCUGCUUGGAAUACCUGUUGAGGUUUACAGAUUUGGAGAAGUCCUAGAAAGAUGUUCAGUGGAGGACAUGAAAUUCAAUGAUUCUAAGACUAUGAUCGACUGGAUUGACGAAUUUAAUGAUGGAAUCAACAUCAUCUUAACUGAUGGGCUCUUUCAGAAUGUAGGGCAUCAUCAUCCGAACUUCUUAGUUCUAUUGAUAGACAAGUGCAACGUGAAAAAGAUGUCCAAGGUAAUCGUUUCUGAAGGAUCUGUAUUUGUUCAGAGAUAUUUAGACACUUUUCCCCUUAAGUAUUGUAUUAUUUCAGAUGUAGAUGAGCUUGAAUCUACAUUUGUAAUGGCACUAAAUGAACUAAUUAACUCUUGA